UUAAAGUCAAGGACUAAGGAGGAGAGCAGGAGGUUUAGAAAUACCAGCAUAAUAAGCAGUGUGACUGGGGCGCUCUGUAAAUUAGUUAGACAAAGCUUGAUUUAACAGGGGAAGACAGUGAGAAGCGCCACCCUCAUUAAAUUUGGCUGUUAGAGGCGCUUCUAAUGAAAUUAAAUUUGUGUUAGUUGUUUGAAUCAUAAAAUAGAGUGUGCAUGUGCAUGUACACACCUGUGCACAAGUGGGUUCUGUGAUUUUUGUGGGUAUUUUUUUAAGACGAGAGGAAAAGAAUGCAAAAAAAAGUAAGUCCGAAAAAAAGGAUUUGAAUGAAUGAGUGCUUAAGAAAUCAAGAGAGGUCCACAAGGAGGAGGGUGAGACAGAAUCAAGGAGCGGAAAGCGCAAUCCUCCCAGUUACACCGCCAUGCGUCCCCGGCCGUGGGGUCUUCUGUUCAGCUGCCUGGGCCUUGGGAUCUGGCCAGGAGUCUGGGCUCAAUUUCCACGGGUCUGCAUGACCUUAGAAAGCCUGAGGAGCAAGGAGUGCUGCCCGCCCCUGGGUGAGGAGCCCAGCAAUGUCUGUGGCUCCCAGGAUGGCCGGGGACAGUGCUUAGAGGUGCGAGCAGACACCCGGCCCUGGAGUGGCCCUUACGUCCUGCGAAACCGGGAUGAUCGUGAGGAGUGGCCAAGGAAGUUCUUCAAAAGGACCUGCAGGUGCACAGGAAACUUUGCUGGCUACAACUGUGGAGACUGCUGGUUUGGCUGGACAGGCCCCAAGUGUGAUCAGAGGAAACCAACUGUUGUCCGGCAGAACAUCCAUUUCCUGACUCCCCAGGAGAGAGAGCAGUUCCUGGGUGCCUUAGACCUCGCCAAGAGGACCAUGCACCCCGACUACGUGAUCACCACGCAACACUGGCUGGGCCUGCUCGGGCCCACUGGCACCCAGCCACAGAUCGCCAACUGCAGCGUUUAUGACUUUUUUGUGUGGCUCCAUUAUUACUCUGUGAGAGACACAUUGCUAGGACCAGGACGCCCCUACAAAGCCAUAGAUUUCUCACACCAAGGACCUGCUUUUGUGACCUGGCACAGAUACCAUUUAUUGUGGCUGGAAAGAGACCUCCAGCGCCUCACUGGUAAUGAGUCCUUUGCUUUGCCCUACUGGAACUUUGCUACUGGGAGGAAUGAGUGUGAUGUGUGCACGGAUCAGCUUCUCGGGGCAGCCAGACAAGAUGACCCAACUCUGAUUAGUCAGAACUCAAGAUUCUCCAGCUGGGAAAUCGUCUGUGACAGCUUGGAUGACUAUAAUCGCCGAGUCACCUUGUGUAAUGGAACCUAUGAAGGUUUGCUGAGAAGAAAUCGAGUGGGAAGAAACAGUGAAAAGCUGCCAACCUUAAAAAAUGUACAAGACUGUCUGUCCCUCCCGAAUUUCGACAACCCUCCUUUCUUCUACAACUCUAACUUCAGCUUCAGGAACGCUUUGGAAGGGUUUGAGAAGGCGGAUGGGACACUGAAUUCGCAAGUGGCAAGCCUGCAUAACUUGGUGCAUUCCUUCCUGAAUGGAACCAGCUCUUUGCCGCAUUCAGCGGCCAACGAUCCUGUUUUUGUGGUCCUUCAUUCCUUCACCGAUGGCAUCUUUGAUGAGUGGAUGAAAAGAUACCAGCCUGCUGUAGAUGCCUGGCCCGAGGAGCUGGCGCCCAUUGGCCACAAUCGGAUGUAUAAUAUGGUGCCUUUCUUCCCUCCAGUGACUAACGAGGAACUCUUUCUAACCGCAGACCAACUUGGCUACAGUUACGCUAUUGAUCUGCCAGUUUCAGCUGAAGAAGCCCCACGUUGGACCACAACACUCUCGGCGGUGAUGGGAACACUUGUGGGUUUGGUUGCUCUGUUUGCACUGCUGGUUUUCCUUCAGUACAGAAGACUCCGCAAAGGAUACUCACCCCUGAUGGAGACUCAUCUAAGCAGCAAGAGAUACACAGAAGAAGCCGUACCUUAGACAGGAGGCCGGCCAAACUACAGCACUGACCUUGAGAAUAAUCAGACUAUCCUAGAGCUCUUCCUUUACAAGAUCUUUGCUGCAGGUUCUUUUAAAGACAUAACAAUCCUGAAGGUGCUUCACUGUGUUUCUGGUUGGCUAGCAUAACAAAUUCUAGCUGAAGGUGUUUGUCAGGGCGAGGGAUGCAGCACAGUGCCUGCCUGGCAAGUGCGAGGUCCUGAGUUCGAUUCCCAGUACCCCAACAGAAAAUAGUUUAUAAAAUAGACCAAAAAUAUAAGACCCUACAAGUGUUUGGGGCUACCAAACUAGUGGGAAAUUUGCAGAUCAAUGCAGUUGGAGACCUGGAAGGCUCUGGUUCAGUAUUUCUUAGCCCAAACAUCUUUGCUUUUGAUGGUGUGGAGAUGGGAUGCUGGGAUGAGUCAGCUUUUCAUUACUAUACUGAAAUGCUUUAGUGGGGGUUAGUUUUAUAAAUGAAAGAGGUUGUUGUCAUUCACAAUUCUGUUGGAGUAAAAUCUAAGAUUGCAGGUGGUGAUGGCCUUGCUGAGGUGCUAAGUCCUGAGGUGCUCAGAACAUUGCGUGGGAAGAGACGGGGAAUACAUGUGUGUCUGUGCCUGCCUGGCCUCUCUCUUCUCCUUAAAGAUGCACCAAGACUCGGGUUCGAUCAUGGGGACUCUGCCCUGAUGACCUUACCUAAUUCCAGUCGCUCUCUGAGAGCCCUGCUUCUAAACACCAUAGUCAGUCCACCCUCUGCAUUCCUUACAGCAGGGACUAAACUUUAACACGUUAAACUUUGGGGGAACAAAUUAUAUGCAAACCACAGCAGGGGUCAGGCACUGGAUGAAUCUCCAAAACCCUUUAAACAACUACAUACAGUGCUUUUUCUGCCCUCAUCAUCUUCCUGGGCUUCUUUUUCUUCCUUUGUCUGUCUUUUCCUUUCCAGCCUUAAAAAUUAAAACAGGUCUUAUUUUCUAUAUAAGAUAAACAACAAAUAAAUGAAAGAUCAAGUCAGUUGUCUUUGUAAAUAGAAUUUACAGAAUUUUCAGGGAUUUCUCUUCUUUUCUUAUCAGGGUCUCCCUAGGUAGUUCAGGUUGGUCUUGAACUUACUAGGUAGCUCAGGCUGUCCUUGAACUCAUGAUCCUCCUGCCUCAACACCUUCUCCCUCAGCAGUAGGACUGCAGGUGUGCACCACUGCACCUGGUUAAAAUUUUUAGCUUUACAGAGUGGAACUAGUAGAAGAUCCAGUUGCUGGGUGAACAUUGAUCUGAUAGGGAUAAAUAAGUGAAGAAGUACAAUUACGAAGUUUUCUAGUUAAAUCCUAGUUAACUAAUCUACUGUUCCAAACCUAUUAAGUGAAUCAGUCCUUCUAGGAAAAGCUGACCAGAGAAGACUACUGACAUGAUAAUUCUGAACAUGGGACAAUUUGAUUAGAGUCUCAUUAUUCCGGGGUCCUGGCAGUUCCUUUGCUAUGUAGCUUCAGAUGAGAAAUUAUUCACAUGUAAUGCAUUUUACUUUUUUGAAAGCACUAACUGUAGAUUCAUUAAUGCUGCUUCAUACCAAUUUUUACUUAUCGAUGAGAAUCAGUGACAUCUUAUUCAACAGCAAACCAUCUGUUGAAAAUACAAUAAUUUGGAAUUACAUUGUUCUGUGAUCUUAAGUUAUUGAGAUAUCAAGGGAAAUUUUUUCUGCUCAUCUUUGAUGCCUAUGUGUCAGGAGUGAGCCUAAUUUUAAGAAGGGGCUCUUGGUUCACUUGUUUGGCCUCGCCCUGAUGGAAUGGAUGUGUGUCCAGGAUAGGGUACAAAGGGGACUUUAGAGAUGCCUUCUCUGUUUGAGGGCAUGGAAGGAAUGCAAGGCUCACCAGGAGUGACAUUAUCCUUUGCAGUGGACUGUUCAAGCCAGAGCAAUGGACAGUGCUCCACUGGAGCUGAAUCUGAGUCCAAUUCUCAUAAAGUCACAGGUGUAUCUGAGAGGAGGCUCAGCAAUAUCAGCCAGUGUCCUUCAUGGGGUGAAGUCACUAUCCUCAUUCUCAAUUCCUGCUAUUUGGAGUACGUGUGGACAGGGCAGCAGUGGUCAUUCACAUGGCCCUGUCUGCAAGGGUUAUGCUCUGAGCUUAGGGUUGUUGGGGAAUGUACUUUGACAUUUUUUUUUUAAAACGAGGUAAACAUGCAAAAGUAAAGAUGUAAUGCUUCUUGGUAAGCAUGUUCCUGAGAAGUUAUACAUAAAUCAAGUGUAUGUUAAAAGCACCAGGGGAAAUCACUUUUAUAAUAGACGAGCUAUUAUGAAUAAUUCUAUAAAGCAAAUAAUCACAGCUAGCUUAUCUUUCCAGUAGUGCAUGUUAGAAUUUUCAUACAUCCUAUCCUCAUAAGAUUUGGCUAAAGCAAGAUCUAUUUGGAAUAGAGCUAAGUAGUCAUCAUUUAUACUUAGUUGCUUUUAUCUAUAGUGUGUGGAAAUUCUUGCAAAUAUUAUGUUUUAUAAUGCCUUUCUAAAAGAAACAAUUUCCUAAUAUCACAGUUCAUUUAAGAGGAAUAAAAAUUUCCAGCAUUUUCUCACCUUAUAAUAAAUCAACAAAAAAUGCCUUCUAACUACUCUAGAGGUAGGAUAAGCCUGCAGACUGGAAAGCUGGUAUUUACUUACAUUGAGUAUUACGCAAAUAAACUCAGCAAAUGUCACUGAACAAUGCAGGGCUAUGCUUUCUCAAGAAUGUGGGGGGGAUUCAACCUUGAGGAAAAUCAACAGAUUACUUUCAUGCUUUUAUGUUCCUUGUUAGAAACACUGUACGUAUAUGAAUUAUAAUUUCAAUAGAAAUCCCUCUGUGAAGCUGACAUUCAGAAGUGAAUGUCAGGUGUUAAAUAACACCUCUCCUUUUCUUGAAUUAUGGUAUUGACUGUCUUCUACAAUUGUUUAACAUUAAUUUACAACUUGCUUAGGAUUUAACAUUGCUAAUCAUAAUACUAAUGAACAAUUAUAACUUCAUAUUAACAAGGAGUAGGGAAUUUAUUAAAGAAGAAAUAAAAAUAAAUAUCUUGCAGAUUA